AUGCAGGCAGUUCAACCAACCGCUUUUGAUAAACCAAUGGACAAGUCAAUUUCCACUUUGAAUGCCAUAAUCACUCCCAUGAAUUCAACUUGUAAAGAAUUACCUUCCCCCGAUGAAGAAGGAAAAGAAGCCUACUUGAUCACCAUUAGCACUCCUGAACAUAGCACCUCGAGCACAAAGAGAGGGAGUUCCCUUAGCCACCUCAUAUGUAUUUCCUUUGAUCCAACCAAGAGGAGGAGGAGAGUGCGAAAGAACAUCAAUGUUUCGUUUUAUCUUAGGAGGUAUUAUAUUUAUAUUGAGAUUCUUGAGGAUAGAGAAAUCAACAAUGUUUAUUGCACUUUUGAUACUAGAAUUACUACCCAUCAAUCUCACAAAACUAGCCAUGUUAAUGAUGCAAAUUUUCCAAUAAGUAGCAAUUCCAUCAAAUCUGGAUUUGCUCAUUGCAAGCCAGAUUUCAGCAAAAACAAAUUAGAUUCCAACCAUGAUCACUACUUUGCAAUGCAAAUACCAUCCUUUAUCAAUGAAUUUCCAACAAUCAACAAUGUUGGAAAUGGAAAAAUGAAUGUUGAGGCUGCUAGAGAUCCAGUUCCAAAUUUUGGAGGCAAAGCUAUAAUUGAAGAAGAGAUGAGGAAUGGUUUCUUCUUGAUUGUGACACAUAGUGCAUUGAGAUGGGAAGGUGAUGCAUCUCUUGUUCAUAUUUUCAUUAGUUGGUAUGGAAUUGUGUAA